GGGCACUGCUGAGCAGCUGAGAAGGUGGCGACCUAGGUGCCAUGGGGCUGGGCCGGGUCCUGCUGUUUCUGGCCGUCGCCUUCCCUUUUGCACUCCUGGCAGCCGCCGCUGAGCCCCACAGUCUUCGUUAUAACCUCACGGUGCUGUCCCGGGAUGGAUCUGUGCAGUCAGGGUUUCUCGCUGAGGGACAUCUGGAUGGUCAGCUGUUCCUGCACUGUGACGGGCAGAAAUGCAGGACAAAGCCCCAGGGACAGUGGGCAGAAGACGUCCUGGGAGCUGAGACCAGAGACUUGACAGAGAACGGAAAGAACCUCAGGAUGACCCUGGCUCAUUUGAAGGACCAGAAAGGAGGCUUGCACUCCCUCCAGGAGAUUACGGUCUGUGAGAUCCAUGAAGACAACAGCACCAGGGGCUCCCAGCAUUUCUACUACGAUGAGGAGCUCUUCCUCUCCCAAAACCUGGAGACUCAGGAACAGACAGAGCCCCAGUCCUCCAGAGCUCAGAUCUUGGCUAUGAACGUCACGAAUUUCUGGAAGGAAGAUGCCAUGAAGACCAAGACACACUAUCGCGCUGUGCAGGCAGACUGCCUGCAGAAACUACAGCGAUAUCGAAAAUCCGGCAUAGUCCUGAGGAGAACAGUGCCCCCCAUGGUGAUUGUCACCCGCAGCGAGGCCUCAGAGGGCAACAUCACCGUGACGUGCUGGGCUUCUGGCUUCUAUCCCUGGAAUAUCACACUGACCUGGCGUCAGGAUGGAGUAUCUUUGAGCCACGACGCCCAGCAGUGGGGGGAUGUCCUGCGUGAUGAGAAUGGGACCUACCAGACCUGGGUGGCCACCAGGAUUCGCCAAGGAGAGGAGCAGAGGUUCACCUGCCACGUGGAACACAGCGGGAAUCACGGCACUCACCCUGUUCCCUUUUUUUCAGGGAAAGUGCCGGUGCUCCAGAGUCAAUGGACAGACAUUCCAUUUUUUUCUGCUGUUGCUGCUGCUGCUGCUAUUUUUGUUAUUAUUUUCUACGUCCUUUUGUGUAAGAAGAAAACAUCAGCUGCAGAGGGUCCAGAGCUCGUGAGCCUGCAGGUCCUGGAUCAACACCCAGUUGGGACAGGAGACCACAGGGAUGCUACACAGCUGGGAUUUCAGCCUCUGAUGUCAGCUCCUGGGUCCACUGGUUCCACUGAGGGUGCCUAGACUCUACAGCCAGGCGGCCGGGAUUCAACUCCCUGCCUGGAUCUCACCAGCACUUUCCCUCUGUUGCCCGACCUAUGAAACAGAGAAAAUAACAUCACUUAUUUAUUGUUGUUGGAUGCUGCAAAGUGUUAGUAGGUAUGAGGUGUUUGCUGAUCUGCCA